AUGGUUUGUACAAGACCAGACAUUGCACAAUCAGUGGGAGUGGUUAGUCGAUACAUGACAAAUCCUGAUAAAGAGCAUUGGAGUGCUGUAAAGAGGAUCCUGAGAUAUGUCAAGGGUACCUCAAAUGUCGCAUUAUGUUAUGACGGAUCAGACUUUACUGUCAGAGGCUAUGUUGAUUCAGAUUAUGCAGGUAUUAGAUGCUAUGCGCAAGUUGUACGGCACUUUCACCUCUUCUCUAUAAAUGGCAACUUCGAAGACCGAAUUAUAGCGCGGUGUGCACGCAUUAGAAAGUCUGCUAAGAACCAUUUUCUUGCCAUGGCAGCACCAACUCAGUCUCUGGUAUUCACAGUACGAAGGGCUAAGCCCGAGUUAAUUGCUCCAGCUAAGCCCACACCCUACGAGUUCAAACAACUUUCUGAUAUCGACGAUCAAGAAAGUUUCUGA